GGCGUGGCCCCGUCCGCGGCGCUGGGCGGGGAGAGGCGGGCGGCGGGGUCUUAGUGGUCGGGGGCCGCGCUGUGCCUGCUGGAUGUGUUUGAGGUGUCGCGACUGCUGGCGGGAGUUUACAGGCUGUGUACUGCAGGAGAGAAUUGCUGGAAAACAUGAGCACUUUUUGAACUGAGUUAUCUGGAAGAGCUGGCUGUGCUUACAGGACACCAGGCUGUGUGCAGGGAAUCUCAGCGGGGCAGCCUGAAGAUCAGAUUAGCAAUAGUUACUGCUCCUAGAAAUGUGAGCAUGUGCAAGAUUUAACACCAGGUCAAUUGCACUGUUUAAGAAUAUUAUCCUCUCCAAGGUCAAAGAGCUCACAUAAGCCUGCCAUGAGUAUAAAUAAAAAUAGUCCUGAUUAAUUAAUUGCUCUGAAAGUAAGGAUAUCCUCUGAAGAAAAAUGAAAAAACAAGCUUCUGAUCACAGGGUAAUGAACCACAGAAAUAGAACUCUGGGAGAAGACAGUGAUGACAAAAACCAAAGUUGCUCUGAAAAAGUUAACAGUGAAAAUGCCACUCGUAGUCAUGAAAGUUGCGUUGUAAAACUGCCAGUGAUAGCAUCAUUUGCAGGUACUGCUAAAAAAAUUCUACCUCAGAAGCCAAGACAUGGCAGAUCUAAUUUUCACACCAGUAACUCCUCGGCCUUGUUAGAAAAGACAAAAGCUGUUAGUAAAGUAAAGGAUAGAGUGCGUAUGCUACAGGUGAAUCCCUACAACUUAAGGAAUGAUAAAGCUGAAGAAAUAGGUACUGUGAUUAAAGAUAGCGAUGAGUUUAGCUCUGCAGAUUUAGUGAGAAAUGAAAACAUUCCCAGGAAGGGAAAAUUAACCAGCGAAAGCUGUAAGAAGAGAAGCAAAGAGAUUUCAAAACUAAAGCAGCAAGAUUUACGUGUUGAAUUGGGACGAGUGCUGAGAAAAGGAAGCAAGCAGCCAAGUGUGAGGUCUGCUCAGGAACAGUUGGAAGAGGAGUUCCCAGUUGAAUGUAAAGAAAUAAAAACUGAUUCUCAAGCUAGCAAGGAAGUCCUGCCAAGUUUUCACCAAGCAAGCCUGACACCAGUUGUUCAAAAAGAAUCUCAAGCAGCAGAAAAUGAAUCUCAGCCUAUAGAUGAGCUGUUAACAUAUAAUAAGCAGGUGAAGCAGGCUCCAUCCACAGAUGUGCUAUGGGUGGAAGGAAAAGCGAUAUCAAAAAUUAAACCAGAUGAGGUUCAGAAAGAUCUACAAGAGGAACACAACUUGCAAGAGUGUUUGACUUUCCUGCCCACUCAUGCUUCAAAUGUCAAACAGCAAAAUUAUUCAAGCAUUCAUCAUCUAUGUACUGCUUUUCCCGGAUUUAUGUUGCCUCCGUAUCUACAAAUGGCUUCAAGAAUUUAUCAUACUUCAGACAGAAGAGGUCACAAUAUCUUGUUUACGGCAGAGGAUAUAGACAAUAGGCAGAAAGAAUCCAUAUGUUCUGAAUAUAUUUACUUGAAAGAACAAGCUGAAAAGAAAAGAAUUUGUUAUGAAGGAGUUCCUGCAUCAGAACUAUUUCAGAAUAAUCAGAAAGAUGGGAUUCGCUCUCUUCCACCUCAUACAUCAAAAACUCUGGCUGAGUGGCAAAAAGCUGAUUAUAGUCUUAAAAAAGCACAGCUUCAACUGGUAGGAGAGAAAGUUUCCAUUUAUCCAGAAGCUUUGAAAAUGUUCUGGGCUCCUGUUCCACCAAAGUUCUUUGCUCCAAUUUCUUCUAUGAAGGAAAUUUUAUUUCCUAAAUAUGAGAGCAACGUUAUUGAAGAUAUCACGUAUGAAGACUUUUUAAUUGAAUAUGAAGAAGAGUUAGAAGCUGAGCAAGCUGAUCUCGAUUUCUGUGAUUAUUUACUGACAGAAAAUCUGCUGAGAAGAUGCCAGUCUUUCUCACAUUUUUCUGACAGGGAGAACUCAAAGAUAAAUUUGAUUAAAAGGUCAGUCUCUGCUCCGGAGAUAACUGCUUUCAAACAUGAAACUAUAUUAAAGAUGUCAGCUAAUUUCAAAACCAGCAUGAAAGAGUUGGAGUUUAUGAAGCAACAAAUAGCUGAGCCAAAGGUUGAGACCAGGACUGCAAAAAGCUCCCCUGCCAAGCAUCUUUUGAGUCAAAUCUGUGAUGAUUGCCACUCAAAGGAGACAAAUGCACCAGUGGAAAAAAUGCCUACUUUGACUGGACAAGAGGAUAGUGAGAAUACUGUACUUGCAAAGAGAGCUCAAAAGGCUGGAAUUAAAUGUGUUAUUGUCCCAAAAGGAAAGAAGAAGAAGAAGAAAUCAAGGAAAACAAUAAAUACUAGAAAAUUAGAAGCUGUGAUUAAGAAAUUAAAUCAACCUCCAAGAAUUCUUAAAAGGUCUGUGUCUCUAGGAAGACUUCUUAUUCAUAAUAAAUUCAUUAUCAAGGUGUCGCCAGCGAUCAAACUAUAUCAGAGCCCAAGCAUGCCUUGUUUGUUGGAUUUUGAAAAGUUUGCUAAAGUGAGGGGUGGAAUUCCAAAAGAAACUUCUGCUCGUGCGUGGGUCAGUGGAAUCUGGAGCUGCUGGUUCGAUGAAACAUUCCCUGCUUGUGGGACUGUUCCUGAGAAGGGUACUGAGUUGCUAGAAGGAGCUAAGGCAGUGGGCUCUAAAGAAACAAAUCUACAAAUAGAACUAGUUGACUCAGUACAACCUGUUCUGCUUGAUGAUGCAGUAGUUAGUACUGAAGAUUUAGAAGAAGAAGUAAGAAGACUGACUGAUCAGAUAGAAAAAGUUGAGCAUCCUUCAGCUUUUCAAUAUUGCAGGCGUGGAGCAAUACGAAGAAAGUUAGGCAAGCUAAAAUCAGCUAUGGAUGACUUGGAAAAAGCUAUAAGCUUAGAACCGCUACUACUUGAUGCUUACUGGCAUAGACAUUUGAUUUACCUCUUUCAAGACAAAUUUUCUGCUGCUUUAAAUGACCUGAAUUUCAUAACUAAAUGGAACAAAAAUAAAGCAGAUGCAUACCUGUCAAAGGCUGAAAUUUACAGAAAACAAGGUGAUAAUACAAUGGCAAUCAUCAAUUACAGCUCUGCAAUACAAUGCAACUCUACAGAUGAUGACAUUUAUUUCAGAAGAGCUGAGUUGUAUUUUGAAGAAAAUCAAUUGUUGUUGGCUGUAGAUGAUUAUGCCAAAUGUUUUCAAUAUAACCCGAAAAGAACAGAUGCACUUAUGAAACAUGGAAUAUAUUUCUUUGAUCAUUCAAUUUUGACUACAGCUAUUCAGGAUUUUACAGCUGUGAUUAGAGAAGACCCUAGCAAUGCUCAAGCAAGGCUAUAUCGAGGAAGAGCAUAUGCUAAACAGAAGCAGUAUAGAAAUGCAAUACAAGACUUGGCAGCAGCAAUUCGUCUAGACCCCUCUUGUUGGUUAGCAUUCUACUAUAGAGGUUGCAUCUUACGGGAGAUCGAUCCAAAAAGAGCUUUGCAGGACUUCAGUGUUUCUGUACUCAUCAAUGACACUCAGGAGAAUUUUUCUUCUUUUCUUCAUCGUGGGAUCAUUUACUCAAAGCAGCAGCAAUGGUCAUUUGCAGUCCGUGAUUUUGAAAGCGUCAUAGCUUUGGACAGCUCUAUCAUCUUUGCUUACCUAAAUAUUGGUUUGAUACUGCUGUUGCAUCUGGAUCAAUACUAUGAAGCUAUUCAACAGUUUACUAAUGCUAUAAAAAUUGAUCCUCUCAAUGUUCAAGCCUACUUGUGUAGAGCACAGGCAUAUCACAAGAUUCAUAAUUUAUCAAAUGCUGUGAAAGAUAUAAAUCGAGCCAUUCAUCUUUAUCCAGAUAAGUCAGAGCUACAGAUACUAAGGGGACAGUAUUUAAUGGAAUUGAAGAAAUAUGAGCUGGCAAGCUUAUGUAUUCACCAGCUUGCAAAAAUGAAUGAAGUGUCGUUUCAGCCAGUUCAGCAAGCACUCAUACAGUCAUUUUGUCAAAAUCACAGUAAAGCCAUAGAGUGCUUACAUGAAGCUGCUACAACUCAACCUGAGCCUUCAGUGUUUGUUCUCUUAGGAAAAAUACAAAUGAAAGCUGAGAAAACAGAGGAUGCUGUGGGAAGUUUUAAACAAGCUAUAAAUCUCCUGAUGACCUCAGAAAAAAUCCUGCCUCCUACAUUUGAGGCUGCAGAAAUGUAUUAUCUCAUGGGCCUGUGUUAUAUGGAACAAAAAAAUCUCUUAGAGGCCUGUGAUGCUUUUAGUAUGGCUAUCAGACUACAUUCAAGUUACCCUGAUGCUUUUUAUCAACGAGGGCUGUGUCGAAUGCAACUCAGACAAACAAAGUGCAUCCAAGACUUCAAUCAUACACUUGAACUUUGUCCAUCACAUUUCCAGGCAUAUAUGGGUCGUGCUGCUUACUAUGGAAGUAAAGGCAGAUAUUCUAAGGCAAUUAUGAAUUGUAAUGAGGCAAUCAAAAUUCAUCCUAACAGUGUAAAAGCUUAUUUUUACCGAGGAAUACUCAAGUAUCAAAAUAAGACAUUUAAAGCUGCAAUUGAAGAUCUCUCAAAAACGAUUGGCCUUGACAAUACCUGUAUUUUGGCAUAUUAUAACAGAGCAAUCUGUUAUCAUCAAAUAAAGAAUUUCAGAAAGGCCUUGAAAGAUUACGGAAUUUUUCUUCUAUAUGAGGAGAGUAAGGAAAUAGUUUUAAAAGUGUUCAUCAAUCGUGGGCUACUCUACAUGGAACUUGGUGAUUAUGCUAAUGCCUGUGAGGACUUGAAAGAAGCAGCGCUGCUUAGUCCAGGUGACAGCCAGAUCUUUCAAGCUAUUGGAACCUGCCAUUAUCGACUUAAUGAGUUUGAAGAUGCUGUGAGGUCAUUUAAUCGGGUUCUCAGACUAGAACCCAUUUCUGUGGAAGCCUAUAUUGGACGAGGAAAUUCAUAUAUGAAAAAAGGACAUGAGGCUGAUCUUGAACAAGCACAGAAAGAUUUCUUGAAAGCAAUUCACCUGAAUCCAAUGUGUAUGAAAGCCAGAAUUUGCUUAGGAUACAACUUGCAGGUAACACACCAAAAUGAAUUGUCAAUAUGA